ACUUUCUCUCCAGCAGAACCAAGGACAGAAUUCCAGCCCAGUCUCUCCUGCCCAGCGGCCUUUUCUAGUCCGCAGUUCCUCAGACAAUAUGUGCUGUGUGGCCACCCCCCUGAGAUUUCCCCAAGCUCUUCUGUAGGAAGUCACUUCCCGCUGGAGGCUCCAAGAUGCUUGAGAGCAAAAGCAGAAGAUGGAGAGAGCGAAGGCACCAUGGUCAGGAGGCUGCUGCUAAGUGGGACUUCAAGCAUAUUCUUUGGCCCAUUUCAAGGUCAGCCAGUACACAAGGUGGAAGGCAACAGAGGGGAAGGAACAGAUCAGAAGAUGAAUCCUGAGGGGGCUGACAUGUUGACAGGGGCAGACUGCUCAGAAUCUGGAGCAGUCACGUGUGAAAAAUAUACACGAGGACGCAGCACAAACUCAAGCCUGGCUCGCCUCCAGAAGCAUCAUGUAUGCCCUGAAUGUGGCAGAGGUUUCUGCCAGAGGUCAGACCUCCUCAAGCACCAGAGGAUGCACACAGGGGAGAAGCCUUACAGUUGUGGGGAGUGUGGACGAAGCUUUGGCCGGAAGUCCUCCCUCACCAUACACCAGAGGAAACACUCAGGGGAGAAACCGUACACGUGCAGGGAAUGUGGGCGACACUUCAGGUAUACGUCCUCGCUCACUAACCACAAGAGGAUACACUCCGGAGAGAGAGCCUUUGUCUGUCAGGAGUGUGGGCGAGGCUUUCGUCAGAAGAUUGCCCUCGUCCUACACCAGAGGACACACUUGGAGGAGAAGCCCUUCGUAUGUCCUGAGUGUGGGAGAGGCUUUUGCCAGAAGGCAUCGCUCCUCCAACACCAGAGCUCACAUUCUGGUGAGAGGCCCUUCUUGUGCCCAGAGUGUGGGCGUGGUUUCAGGCAGCAGUCCCUGCUCCUCAUUCACCAGGUCAUACACUCAGGGGAGAAGCCUUAUGUCUGUGCUGACUGUGGGCAUGGCUUUCGCCAGAAUGCCACCCUCAUCAGACACCAGAGGACACAC